AUGGAUCACAACCAUCCACUGCACGGAGGUUGCUCCUGCGGCAGGAACAGAUACACGAUUCGCAUUCCGCAGGACGCAACGGAGAGGCCACAGGUUUUCUUUGAUAGUGGACAUGGACAUCGCCGAUUCCAAGCAACCCCCCUCUCCGCCUGGCUCCGCGUCCCCCUCUCCUGGUACGAAUCCACCACCUACGCCUUCAUGGACGACGAAUCCCACGCCUCCAUCCGCCGCACGUAUACCUCCCCUUCCGAACGGAGCAGCAAGCGCCACUUCUGCGGCUUCUGCGGCACGCCGCUGGCGUACUGGAGUGAGGAGACGCCCGUUGAGGCGAGCUAUAUCUCGUUGACGCUGGGGAGUUUGGCGGGUAAGGAUUUGAGGGAUCUGGAGGAUUUGGGGGUUUUGCCGCGCGAGGCGGUGGAGGAUGCGGUGGGUGAGAGGGAGGUUAUUGAGGAGAGUGCUGCUGGGAGGGGAGGAAGAGGUGUGUUGAGUGAGAGGGAGAGAGGUGAGAGUGGGCUUGGAAGUGGAGUUGGGGAGGAGGGAUUGCCGUGGUUUGAGACGAUGGUUAAGGGUAGUAAGUUGGGGAAUGUGCAGAGGAGUUGGGGGAAGAGGAGGAGUCAGAAUGGGAGAUUUAAGGUGGAGUGGGAAAUUGUGGAGUGGACUGAGGAGGAGGAGAGUGCUGGUGAGGGGACCAAGUCUCCGGCGAAGAGGAAAUUGGGGGAUGUGGAUGGCAAUGGUGAUCAGGGUGAUGUGAUGGAGCAUUGA